GCUAAUAAGCUAAUACAAGCUCACUUGGCAUAUUACUUACAUACAAUCUAUCUAUCUAUCGCUGACGUCCGUCGCCCCCCUGAUUCUUACAGUACUUAUAUACUUAUUAUCUGUCCCUUCCCGAUGUCAAAGUGAUUAGAUCUUGGCUAAUUUUUUGUUUGUUUGUUUCCUAUCGGCGUGGUAUUAAAUACAACUCAGGGCCCCGCUGUGCAAUUAUAUAAAUACAAGCCAAGAAGAUAUAUUCACGCCUACCUACAGUCUACAACCCACAACAUCCACGACCUACCUAGGAGAAGAGAAAAAGGGUACGAAAGUCAUACAGACAUAAUACAUAAAACACCAACUGCCUUACACAAGACAAUACAAGAUGGGAAGCUUCACUCUACGAACCGCUUUAACGGCCGUAGCCUCCGCUGCCGCCGCACUCGCCGCCCCGGCUGCUACAAGCAGCGCGACGCCAUGCACCACGGGCUCUCCCGUCGUGACGUCCGGAUACACUAUUAACUACGCACACGCGGUGCCAACGCCAGCUUUUGAGAACGGAUACCAGCCCGAGUCGGCCUGGUCUAAGAGCCAUGUCGUGGGUACUUACACAUUCGGUGUCCCAGAACCGGUCGAGUCGGGCUUCGCAUAUGCUCAGUUUAAGUGCCAGUACUUCUGCAAUGCCAAACCGGCCGGUAGUUUCUUCGUGAACUACGCCGAUGAUUCUAAGGUUGGGUCGUAUUGCACUUGUUUUGAUGAGCUGCUUCAACCCGAAAGCUUCGUCUCCAACAACCAGACUAUCGUCGGAGCCUGGAACCACAUCUGCGCUGCUUAAUAUCAUUCUUUAAGCCAGCGCAAAAAUGGGAAAGGGUGUACUUGGAAUGUUUUGGAGGCGCCUAAGGUUGUUUUUUUCGGGAGGCGUAAGUGUAUCUGAAUUGUUACGAUGCUCGAUAGCUAUGAUAGCAUAAUGUCCUCACAUCGAGCGUCGCAACGCGGAUAACGAGGGGUUAUUCCCAUAUUGAACGUGGCAAAAGGUGGUUGGUUUUGUGUUGUAUAUAUUUAUUAUUCGUCUGUGUAAAUUAUUUUCGCGGUGUUGUUACCAAUUGGCUGUUGCAAUGAUUGAGUCGUUGGUACGUCAUUUGAAUGUGAUCAGCGACAGUGAUGUUUUUUUUAUACCUGCGCACUAUCACCAGGGGUGAAUACUAUUUGCGAUAUCCAAUCGUAUGUCAUGG